UGCCGGCUCUUUGUCAGCCCCGAAACAUUUCCCGUCCGCGUACCGUCUCCACUCCCCAGCGCUCGCCACUCGAAAACCCUCGUCCCAACCGCUUCCGGCACCCGACGGCGGCGGCAGCCAUGGACACCCGGGUGCCGCCUGUCCCCAUGGAUCGUGCGAUGGCGGACGAGCUCCGGCGCCGCGGGUGUGACCCGGAGAAAACGGAGCAGGUUUUCGCAAACGUGCUCUCCUACACCCACUACGCCCUCCCGGACCCGCCCGUCUCCGCCGCCGCCCGCUUCUUCGCCCUCCUCCCCCACGACAGUCUCGACCGCGUCAGCCGCCUCCCGGACGCGCUCCUCCGCAACAUCGUCUCCCGCCUCCCCGUCGACGAUGCCGCACGCACCGCCGCGCUCUCCCGUCGCUGGCUCGGGGUCUGGCGCUCCGCCCCGCUCGUCCUCGUCGACGCCGACCUCGUCCCCGCUGGCACCGCGGUCGCGCGCGCCGGUGCGCGGCGCGUCACCUCCGCCGUCUCCCGCAUCCUCGCCGCGCACCCGGGGCCUUUCCGCUGCGUCCAGCUCACCAGCAGCUACAUGGAGGAUUUCCCAGGCCUUCUCACGCGAUGGCUCCAGCAACUCGCCGUCAAGGGCAUCCAGGAGCUCGUCCUCGUUAACCGCCCGUGGCCGCUCGACCUGGUUCUCCCCUCCACAUUCUUCGGCAUGGCCACCCUCACCCGCCUCUACCUCGGCCUCUGGAAGUUCCCCGACACCGCCGGUCUCCCGAGCGCCGCCUCCUUCCCCAACCUCCUCGAGCUAGGGCUUUGCUGCGUCUUCCUGGAGAGCCGGGACAUGGACUUCAUCCUCGACAGGAGCCCUGUGCUCGAGACCCUGUGCAUCCAAGGGAAUCUUUUUAAGAUGCGCCUCCGCCUCAUCAGCCACAGCCUCCGGUGCGUGCAGAUCAUCGGGUCCUUCUUUGAGGAAAUUUCCGUGGUGGACGCCCCGCUCCUUGAGCGGCUGAUCCAUUCGGAAGCUUGGACCCCGGACGACAGCUGCACCAAAGUCAAAAUUGGCCAUGCCCCUAAGCUGCACUUGUUGGGUUACUUGGAGCUCGACCCAGGAAAUCACGUCCUAGAGGUCGGCAACAACAUCAUCAAGGCUGGGACAAGGGCGAGCCCAAGCACCAUGGUACCGAGUGUGAAAAUCCUUGCUUUCGGGGUGCGCUUUGGAGUCCGUAAUGAUGUCAAGAUGAUCCCCAGUGUCCUCAGAUGCUUUCCUAAUGUUGAGACGCUCCAUAUCAAGUCUAAAGAAACUGAUCAACCUACCGGCAAGCUCAAUGUCAAGUUCUGGCAUGAUUCUGGUACCAUCAAUAGCAUCCGGUCACGCAUCAAGCUGCUGGUUUUCCAUGAUUUCCGAGGUGAGCGAAGUGAGCUUGCGUUCCUCAAGUUUUUCUUCGAGAGCGCGUUGGUGCUGAAGAAGGUGGUGAUUGUGUUGGCCAAUGACCAUUUCACUUCAAUGGAUGACGUGCAUUCCAAAGUGGCAAGUCUGCGGUCCAUGAAACGGGCCACUGAAGGCUCCUCGGUGCUGGUUACUGGCUCUUCUGAUCCUGAUGAAGGUUACAUUCGGAGCUUCAAGAGAGGAUCUAAUUUUUCUCUUCACGACCCUUUUGCGAACUACUGAAGUCACAGGUGCCUAUAUAUUUCAUCAUGUGAAAUUGCUCCGCUUGAGAAUAUUUUCAGUUUCUGAAGAUUCACCCCCACUCUUGGUUCUGCUUCCACUUUGUUUAGAAAAUGGGUUCUGCUACCAUGGUUAGCUUAAGUGUCGAAGUUACUAGUACCACUGCUCAUCCACUGGUAAACGCUGUUUCUGGUUGGCAAUUAUGGAGCACCUUAUCUAUGUGUUCAUUUGAUUUCGUUAGCUAGCUGUGAUCUGAUACAGUAGCGCUGCAUUGCACAAUGACUGCUGAACAUGCGUGGCCUGAUGCUUCUGGGAAGUAGUGAUCUGAUCAAAAUCAUGUUCUGCUUACUUUCUUGCUAAUUACCUUUAUAUAUUACAUGGAAUAUUUGCUCCA